AUGGCAGACUCGGGGCUCAUCAGCCUGAACCUCGCCAAGCUCUCAACCACUACCGACGUGCCUCCAGACGCGUCGCAGCAGCAUUAUGUUUGGAAGCACACCUAUAGUGACCUUGUGGUCGUCUUUGACAGCUUCAGGUCAGCAGGCCCUCGCUCGCGAGUAAUGAGAAUCACCCAGGCAACCCAGGUUCUGUACGAGGUACCUGUUGAGGAGAUGGUCAACGAGGGUCGGGAAAUCACCGACAGACUCUCCCUCCACGGAAUGGAAGUAAAAUGCGACCAGUUACCCAUCUCAGCUAUCGUGAAGUGCCCAAUGCUAGCGCUUCGCUACUCUCUACGAGACCAGGGAAAGAUUCGUCGCAUCCAGCUUCGGUUCGCCUCGUCUGAGGAAUAUGACACUGCCAUCAAUCAUCUUCGUCAGCUUGGUCUGCGGAUGAGUGCAGCACAAUCCGCAAAAUCGACUCCUUCCGUAUCCCCUUUCAGGCCCCAGAGCGGGGGUCCUUCAUUCCCGCCGUCUCAUCUUGCGGAAAUCUCGAAUCGGCCGCUCUCCGCCCUUCCAGCUAUUGCGCCUUCCCUUCAGCCACAGUUACAGGAAGCAGCUGUUGUCCGCCCCAUGUCUGCUAUGCUGCCACUGUCUGGCCCGCUUGUACCUCCAGUCUACUUUCGGAGGCCUGAUUCAGCAUCCACCUCAUCGUCAAGGAACCUCUUCUCGGACUAUUCGAUCGUUCCAGACAAUCCUCCAACUCCGACCAACACCAACCGGCAGGACACUGCUCUAUCGUCCGAUCGCCCAAACACUAGCACAAGCGAAUCAUACCUUCCACCGAGGCGAGAACUCCCCUUCGUUCGCCCGGAUCUCCCAAAGUCUUCGGGGAGCGACGGUGUUCGGCCUAGCAGCCGGUCGUCCAGCAGCAUCAUGGGGCCACCACCCUUGCCGCCACCUUCGCGUGCCGGAAGCAAGAGGCCAAGCUCGAAGGGAGCAAAUAGUCAUGGAACUGAGCUGUCUUCUCUAGCCAAGCCAACCAUAGUCGAGAGUAUUCAUGCUACACCCCAGAUUAGGCCUAGCUCAGGGCGCGGCUCCAGUCGAGGAUCUGACAAUGCUUCUCCUUCCAAGCCGAUUAUCACCGAGCGCAAGGAGAACCAGCCUCUUCCGAGCUCCCCGCCACCAUACAGGCCGGGUACCACUGUUACCAGACCCGGUACGCGUCCUCUAAGUCCCCCCGGCGCUGCCCAGCAGAAUCGGCAGCAGAACGAGCCAGCAAGUGUCUUUCUGUCUCCUCCCGCAUCCGACGCAACGAAUCAAGGCCAGGUCCGACUCUCCUUGGGACUCUGUAAUGCCAUCGCCGCUAACGCCACCGAGAGCCUUGCAGAAUUCACCAUGCAAUCAGAGGAGGGACGCAUGUCAGCUCUGAACAACUUUAUCCUGCAGCAUCUCGACGACGACAAUUUUCUCGCGUUGGUCGAGGAUAUGGACGUAUGCUGGGCCAGGAUUGCGCCUGGCCUGGGAUGA